AUGGACACUCUCGUUGCCCAAUACACUCAGUCCCCCUUUGCCAACGAAGGCUUCACUUCAGAAGAACAAAAUGACUACUGCGAAACGCUACCUCCUCUGUCCCUCAAGUUCGCCCUACCGCCCGUUCCACGACCUUCUGCCUUUCUGCGAGCAGCGACCGAUGACUACUCCAACCCGAAUUGCCCGAUCAAGAUCGCUCAUGGUACCACUACCUUAGCAUUCCGAUUCAAAGGAGGAAUCAUCGUCGCAACCGAUUCCAGAGCCACCGCUGGGAACUGGAUUGCAUCGCAGACGGUCAAGAAGGUCAUUGAGAUUAAUCCGAUGUUGCUGGGGACCAUGGCCGGAGGAGCUGCUGACUGCCAAUAUUGGCUUGCCUACCUCGGUGUUCAGUGUCGAUUACACGAACUUCACCACAAGCGACGCAUCUCAGUGGCCGCAGCCUCGAAGAUUCUGGCCAACCUAGUGUAUUCCUACAAAGGAAUGGGACUGUCGAUGGGAACGAUGAUUACGGGGGUGACACCUCAAGAAGGACCUGCACUGUACUACAUUGACUCGGACGGCACACGGUUGGCGGGCAAUCUCUUCUGUGUGGGAUCAGGUCAGACUUUCGCUUAUGGUGUUUUGGACGCUCUCUACAAAUACGAUCUGGAAGAUGAAGAGGCCCUGGAGUUGGGCAGACGGAGUAUCUUGGCAGCCACCCAUCGAGAUGCUUACUCCGGUGGUUACAUCAACCUUUAUCAUGUCAAGGAGGAUGGAUGGGUCAAGCAUGGUUUCUCCGACACAAACCCGAUUUUCUGGGAAACUAAAUUGCAGAAGGGCGAGUUUUCCAACGUCACAAGCGAGCUAAUUUGA